AUGACCUCAUCAGCUAUUGAAAGACAAACAAUGAAUCUGAAUACACAAAAUCAUAGUAACGCGUCAAUUAAAUCUUCAAAGACACAUCGAAAAGCAUCAAUUAAAGGGCCACUUCAACCUUUAAACCUCAAUAACGAAAAGAGGAAUAGUGGGGUAGAAAAUAUGAAUGAAUUUGAAGACAACCCAUUUCGAGAUACAGGUAUAGUUUCAAUAAGCAACAGAAAAUUAUCAUCUACAUCAUUCUUGCAAAAUCAAAAUAUACCAUUCUCUACAACUGCAACCACGACUCAAAAAGAUUCACAUAAUCCUAGUAAUCAACGUUUAUACCAUGCAAAUCCAGCCACUAGUACCUCACUCAAUACUUACAAUGAUCAACAAAUAUUACCGUCUACGUAUGAAAAUCCGAAUGAAGAAGAUGAUGACAUUUCACUUGAAGUCCUUGAAGAUAUGCAAAAACUAGAACAAAAUUUCCCCGUUUUAGCUAGCGAAUAUAGAUUAAUUGAUAAAAUUGGAGAAGGAACUUUUUCAACUGUAUACAAAGCGGAAGCACUCAAUAAUGAAAUUAAUUCAAAAUAUGCAAUGUGGAAUUCAUUACCACAAUUUGUAAGACAUGAUCGAACAUCAAAAAAGUCCAAAAAAAACGCAAUAGUUGCAUUGAAACAAAUCUACGUCACGUCUUCACCGAACAGAAUUUUCAAUGAGUUGAAUUUACUUUAUGUCUUAUCUGGUAAUCCAAGGGUUGCUCCUUUAUUAGAUGUUUUACGUCAUCAAGAUCAAAUAUUAGCUAUACUACCAUACUAUCAUCAUUACGAUUUUCGAGAAUUUUAUAGAGAUUUACCAAUAAAGGGCAUAAAAAAAUAUUUAUGGGAAUUGUUUUUAUCAUUAGAAUUUGUGCAUAGUAAAGGUAUAAUUCAUAGGGAUUUGAAACCAACAAAUUUUUUAUAUGAUCCCUUCAAAGGUAGAGGAGCUCUAGUAGAUUUUGGUUUGGCUGAACAACAAACCAUAGCAUUACCUUCCUCAGCAACUUCAUGUCCUUGCAAUCUGAAAACAAAUGUUAUAAAUCACAAAUCGUUAUCCAGAAGAAUGAACGUAAAAGGUGCCUAUCCAAAAUCCGACAAUAGACCGCCAAGACGAGCAAAUCGAGCUGGAACUAGAGGUUUUAGAGCACCAGAAGUUUUGUUUAAAUGUACGAACCAAAGUACUCAGAUCGAUAUUUGGUCAGCAGGUAUAAUUGGGUUUUCCCUUAUAUGUCGAAAAUUUCCAUUAUUCAAUUCUCCUGAUGAUACAGAUGCCAUUGUUGAGCUUGCCUGGAUUUUUGGGUAUGACAAACUAGUUAAAUGUGCAGAAUUGCAUGGUUGCGGGUUGGAAAUUUCAAUGAGUGAAAUACAUAAAUCUCAAGGGAAUCUAUUAAAAGUACUUUACAAUUUUUUGAGAGUUGAAGUUGAAAAUGAAAGUGUUCCUCCUGAUAGUGUUAUUUUUGAUACAUUCAAUAUGUUUGACCAAUCUAUGGAUGGUGAAAAAUUCAUUAAGCCAAGAUUUGUUGAAGGAUCAUAUAAUGAUUACGAAGAAGCAGAAAUGAGAGAUAAAUAUGACAGAGAUGUUGAAAAUUAUAAAGAUCACAGAUUACUAAUGGAUUUAUUAUAUUCUUGUCUAAGAUUAGAUGCUAGUAAAAGAUUGACAGCAAGACAAGUUUUAAAGCAUCCAUUUUUUCAAGAACUACAUGAUCUAUAA